CGCCGGGGGAGGGGUCGCCGGCGCCGUGGGGUUCGUCAGGCCCGAGCCGCGCGGUGGAACGGGCGGCGGGGAGGCUCGGCGGCGGGAGGCUCGCGGCGCCCGGGCCGGCGGCGUCCGGCCGGGCCGGCAGCGUCCGCGGAGCGGCGGGAAGAGGUAGCGGAACAGACAAAGAGCGGCUCCUGGGAGGGCGCGGCCGCCGCCCCGGGACCCGCGCCGCCGCCCUCCGGCCUCGGCUGGCGGUGGGCGGCAAGGACUUUUCCCUGGUGCUGUGUGUGCUGCCAUUAGGAGGAGGACACAGGGGCCAGCAGCCUUGAGGAUCAUGCCUGCUUCCAUAAUUUACCAGAUCUCAUAUAUUCCUUUUCUACAAGUGAUUUCUCAGACCAUAAUUCUCUGUUGAGAUUUGAGUUGGAUUUCAGAAUUUGGAGAAAUCCUGCAGCUUUGACUGCAGAAGUGUAAUCAGCUGAAAAAUUUACCUCUUGAGGAGUUGUGUGUUUUGCCAGUCAUCUCUUAUAGCUGAACACCAAAAUUCAGCUGCCAUCUUGUCCUACCCCGCCCAUCCUGACACUAACAUGUAUGAGGCCGUUGCCGAGGGACCAGAAGGACUCCAUGAAAGAUGACAGAAGAAGUCAUUGUUAUAGCAAAGUGGGACUAUACUGCCCAACAGGACCAGGAGCUUGACAUCAAGAAGAACGAGCGUCUCUGGCUGCUGGAUGAUUCUAAGACGUGGUGGCGGGUGCGGAACACUGCCAACAGGACGGGCUAUGUGCCGUCCAACUACGUGGAGAGGAAGAACAGCCUGAAGAAGGGCUCCCUGGUGAAGAACCUGAAGGACACCCUAGGCCUUGGCAAGACCAAGAGGAAGACCAGCACAAGGGACGCGUCCCCAACUCCCAGCACCGAUGCGGAGUACCCUGCCAAUGGGAGUGGCGCCGACCGCAUCUAUGACCUCAACAUCCCAGCCUUCGUCAAAUUCGCCUAUGUGGCUGAGAGGGAGGACGAGCUGUCUCUGGUGAAGGGGUCGCGUGUCACCGUCAUGGAGAAGUGCAGCGACGGCUGGUGGCGUGGCAGCUACAACGGGCAGAUCGGCUGGUUCCCCUCCAACUACGUCCUGGAGGAGGUGGAUGAGGCGGCCGCAGAGUCCCCCAGCUUCCUGAGCCUGCGGAAGGGUGCGUCCCUGAGCAAUGGCCAGGGCACCCGUAUCCUGCACGUGGUCCAGACGCUGUACCCCUUCAGCUCUGUCACUGAGGAGGAGCUCAACUUUGAGAAGGGGGAGAUCAUGGAGGUGAUCGAAAAGCCGGAAAAUGACCCAGAGUGGUGGAAGUGCAAAAACGCCGGAGGGCAGGUCGGCCUUGUCCCCAAAAACUAUGUGGUGGUCCUCAGCGAUGGGCCGGCCCUGCCUCCGUCACAUGCCCCGCAGAUCAGCUACCCGGGGCCUGCGGGCAGCGGGCGCUUUGCGGGCAGAGAGUGGUACUACGGGAACGUGACACGUCACCAGGCCGAAUGUGCCCUCAAUGAGCGGGGCCGCGAGGGCGACUUCCUCAUUAGGGACAGUGAGUCCUCGCCCAGUGACUUCUCCGUGUCUCUCAAAGCAUCAGGGAAGAACAAACAUUUCAAGGUGCAGCUUGUGGACAACGUCUACUGCAUUGGGCAGCGGCGGUUUCACACCAUGGACGAGUUGGUGGAGCACUACAAAAAGGCCCCCAUCUUCACCAGCGAGCACGGGGAGAAGCUCUACCUCGUCCGAGCGCUUCAGUGAUGCCUCCCCUCCAGCCUGCCACCUCCAGGCCAUGGUGCCUCACUCACUUUCCCAGGGCCAAGUGGGUAGCCCCCAGAAGACAUGAUGGGGCACAAGCUCUGCAGAGGGCCUGCUCCGUCCGGUGGCUAGUCCCCUACUGGCUUCCUUUGCCUGGUUGAUCUUUCUCUCCAGGUUGGUUGUUUCCAUCUGCCUCCUCUCCACCAUCCCAGGCCCUCGUUCCAUGUUCAAGGCCACUCUGCUACCAGCCAGUUUUAGAGAAUGGGAGGUGAAAGAGGGGUGAGUUUGUUCACUUUAUUUCUUCUGAGUUGGAAACAGCCUUAGUCUGUUCGCCUUGUUCAUGCUGUCAACUCCUCUCAGUUAGAAGACACCGGGCACAGGUGGAAUGCACCAAAGCUGCCCUUGACGAAGUGACCUACAGUGCACUCCAAGGUGGCCUCUCUGGAGAGCCCUGGGCUCCCACAUGCCAGGCAGCACAGGCAAAGGUCCCGGUCCCAGCAGCCCUUGUUCCUGUCCUUUGCUCUUACCUGGCUCCCAGACUCUCCAAGGAGUGAACACGUUUGCUGGUAGCAAUACUGGAACACCAGGUGAGAUAGUAGUGAGGAAGCUGUCCAGUGCCUUUGGGGCUGUACUUGCAAUAAGAAAGGAUUUCCUUGAAGGUCAGUCUGCAAGAGGGACUGGUGACUCAGAAAGAUAUGUUUUGGUAAUUUAUCCCCAAAUGUGCCAUCUACAUAGUGCUUUUUCUUCUUGCCCUUUGGCUUGUUUAAAUUUCACAAUUAUGUAUUUAAUUCUCAAAGUAAUAUGUAGCCAUUUGUUGACACUAAUACAGAUGAUUAAAGAAAAUAGCUGAUUUUUGGGGAAGGGAAGCUACCAACACUUUACACACAUACACAUAUAUAUAUGUUUUAUAUAUAUAUAUUAUUUGCUUUACAGGGAAAUGUUUCAGGGUUUACAAGAGAAUAUGUAACUGGUAGUAAGAGACACAGAAUGUUUGUUUUCUUUUUUCUUUACAUUUGAACUUCUUUAUAGUUUAAAUAUACUGUCUUGAGGUGGCACAUUCCUACAGUCAAAGAAGGGGUCUUGAGACCUCCCAAACUUGCAUACUCAGUUUUUUGGAUAUUGUAAUAAAAAAGUAUUAUGACAAAA